CCAAACUUGAAACCGCAGAAUGCGAGAACACAAGCCAACAGGCGUCAAGGUCUUUGGGGGGAAAGUCGGUGAAGGCCCGGAGGAGACACAAUGGAGGUCUAUGGAGGACACGCAGGCCGACAGACAGUUCAACGGGUCCUCGGAGCAGAUAAGUCGUCCCCACACAGACCAGACGAGGGGUUCACUUGCUAUUGACCCGCGAGAACAGCGUGUCCACAGAGCCUCCCCACCUUGAAUGGCCUUGUUGAAAAGGAGAGCCAUAAAUUGGCGGAUGAGCAGAGGUGGGGGAGACUCUGCCUCCCCCCCGCCUCCUCCUCUCUCUUGCUCUCUCACAUUCUAUCUCUUUCUUUCCUUUACCAAGUAGUGGUUUCCAUCUCACCAAACCCCUUUCCCCCUGAAUGUUUAAAAAGAUGAAAGGAUAAGGAAAAGAAUGGAGACAAAAGAGGGGAGGGUUACGUUACAACCCUGCCCCUGAGAGACUGCUCAUGAAAGAGUUUGGGGAUGGGAGAGAUAGGGACCGGAGAGGAGACACAGAAAGAGAAGGGGGAUCAUGAAAAGAGGUUUUUCAAACUCAAAGCCGCUAAAACGGGUCACUUCUGUAUAGAGAGGCAGGCUAAAGUGCAGCCUUCACUCAGGGACGGAGACAUUUAACACUGUCAAUACCCACAGACGGAAGGGAGCGUUGAUGUACUUGCACCCGUUGACUGAUUGCGCAAACACACAAGAUCACACGCACAUACACAUUCUUGUCCUUCUCCUCUCUCACUGUCUUUCUUCACCACAACGCAGCAGCACUGCAAUUAGGUUUUUGGGAAAUCGUCCACCAGAUUUUCUUUACCAAUCUCUCACAUUGCCCGGUGUCCCGCGGCGUUCCUCCCCCUUGGCAUUUAGUGUCAGUCACCCGAAAUCCUCGCAACCCUCCCACCAUUCUCUCUAUCUCCCUCUUUGUCUGAACUUGCCCUGCAUGCACUUAGAUAUUUUCGCCUCGGGGUGCAUCAGUGAGAGUCGGAGUGAGGGAAAGAGGAAGAGAGAAAGUUGUUAGCUAAGUGUGGACGGUCAGACAAAGAUGAUGAUUGAGAAGGCAGGGACGUGGAAAUGUCAUUUUCUUUGGCUUUUGCCCUAUUGCUGCCUCUCACUACGUCACACACUCGUGCACACACACAUAUGCAUACAUUCAGACACACAAAUGUAGGCACAACCAUUUCACCAACCACUGAGGAGGAUAUAGAGGUUUAUUUAUCACUCGCCAAACAAGUUCUCAUUCGUACUGUUACAUUAACAGAUUUUGCAAAUCCCCACGUCCCCAGAAGCCCUUCAAGUUAAUUCACAAUAUAUUGUGGUCAAAACACAAUUCUCUGCUACGGUUUUCAGUUUUUCCUGUGGGGAUUUGUGUUUUUCGACAAACAACAUUUUCAUGACCCAAACAGAUUUUCAGACCAUUAUUAAAGACCCAUAAAAACACAACUGAUCCCUUGUUCAGCAGCCCUGCCAUGUACACGAGGAGCUUGCAAAGCCUUUGCAACAUCACUCACUGUGUCUCAUAUCAGUUUCACUGGAAUCAUUUUCCACUCAUUUUUCUCUGCUCAUUAUGCACCUUUUUGAAUCCUGACAUCUUCAACCGAUUCUCUUUUUUUCAGCUAAAACAACCCAAAACAAACUGGAGCAUUUUGAAGUUUCAAGAUGUCACCCUUACUACCUUUGACACCUCUGAUGAAAUUCUUCCCACACAGAGCGCUGUCAGACAUCAGCCUACGAGUUGGACAUCCUCCUUGGUUUGAAACUCAUAUCUGCGCGAAAUUGGAAGGUAGCUAUUAUGGCCAAUUAUUGCAAAUAGCUGAGCUGAGCUGUCAGGGCGAAGCUAGCAGUCUGUCUGUCCACAAACGAGUCACUGAGUCAGCCCUCAAUUACAGAUCGUCAACCUCCCCAAGGUACCUGGUGUCAGUUAUUCAUCAUCCCUCCAAUCUCUUCUUUCUGAUUUGUUUUACAUUUUCAGUCCUUUUCAUUGUCUCUGCUGUCAUUCAGCUCACCUACUAAACUCCGAACUACCCUAAAUUCAAACAUCUCUCCAGCAGGAGCAGCGAUACCAUCGCCACCAUCACCACACACACACGUACACACUGAGGUAUAACUACAUAUGUUUCCAAUUUCAGGCGUAAUGCUGCUCUCUCUGCAAUCUGAGCCAAUUAGCCAAAGCCUCCUGGAAAUGCCCCAGUCGCCAUCCAUGGUGGUAAAGAGGUAAAGGGUCAAAGGGGAGGUCAGUCACAGGGGGUUCAGACUCUGAUUAAUGCGUCACCGCCUGUCGGUCUUUCUGUCUGGCUCACAGUCUGAAGACAUCCCGGUCGGCGGUGCCUCGGCAGCCGUCCAACUUCCCCACGGACGUAUUUGGCACAGGUGUAGGAUUGUACAGAAAAGGCAACCCAAGCUUGAAAUUAAAUUUCACAGCUUACUAAAGGUCAAAGAGGAUGAGUGACAGGGUCUGGAGCCAGACCACACGUAAAGACACGAACAACAUACAUGCAUACUGAGGAAAGUAUGCACACACACACACACACACACACACACAAACAUGUCCGCUCUGACAAACAAACAACACAUGCGCCUACAAGUCUUUCCUGCAUGAAACUGAAAUUAGCGCAUGGAAUGUUCACCUUUGGGAAAUGGAUUGGGAGGGAGAGGGAAUAUGAGAGCAUCAGAGCAGCAAAGCCCUCAUUAGGGGAACGGAGGACUUAUUUCAGUAAUUCUGUUUAAUGCUUAAUGAGAAACAGGUUCGAAUGGGUGCAAAAUGCAGACUGGCGCUGUGUUGUGUUACCUGGCAGUCUGCCCCGCUUGAGUCUGUCUGUUUAGAUUUUGUGUAAUGUGUGAUGUCGGCGCAGGAGCUGUGUGGUUGUCAGUUUAUGAAACCGCUUCAGACGCCGCCAUACAGCCGUCGCCGCGUGCACACGCUCUGCUCGUCUUGUUUACAUCGUCUGCACCGCCGAUCCCUCUCCUCUUACAGCGCCCCGCUCGCUCUCUCCCCAGAUCACCUCUCAAUCACUCCUCCUCGCCUCCUUAUCUGUCCCUCCUCAGUGUCUCAUUACAGGACUCGGUCCACCUACAGCGGCUACACUUUCAUUCACUCGCCGCAGACUCGUUGCAGUCUGGAUGCCCCUGGAUUAGACAUGCAGCCUAAAUAGUGAAUGAUCUAUUUACGGUUACGUCUUCCUUCUGGCUCACCACAACCCACACCUCGUGCUGUUUUGUGGGUUUUUUUGCCCUUAUCCACCCCUCUGUCCUCUCUCUGCCUCCACAUCCCCUCUCACUCCCCCCUCGUCCAUAAGCCAUGUUUUGUCCCUUUUCUUGCCAGAGGAAAAAUGUUACACAUUGUAAACUUUACUCACUGUACAACACCCUGCAGGAUUGGAUUUCAGAGGCAGACUUUGUGUUUGAACUGCUCCGGCAAUUAGUAGAGGAUAGACUUACAGUGCACCUACUGCACAAUGGAGGCACUGGCCCAGUUGUACAAGCCCCUGUUCCCGUCGUGCCCCUUUCCAUCUGUCACUCCUGUGAGAUUGUGUGUGUGUGUGCCUGUGUUUGUGACAGUGUGUUUGGCUCUGCAUGUGUAUAAAUUGUUGUAUGUUUGCUUGCAUGUGUGCAUGUACGUGUAAAUAUAAACCAAAUUCAGUAAAUAGUAACACUUUGCUUUCAGUUUGGAGUUAGAAGCAGCGUGUAAACAUUUUAAAACGGUUUAUAAUUCAAGAUGAUGUAGUUAUAGGCAGGUAUAAAUGUUUGUUAAUGUGUUGUGUCAACAGCUAUAACUCAUCCCGUGGGCGCCCAUAAGUUGAGGCUGCUGUACAUAGGGAUGAAUGGAUUUGGCAACCAAUUACAUCUGACCAGAAGUUCAACCAAUCAGCUCCAGGUCAAGUCCAAGUCCAGAUGACGCAAAGACUGUGACUUUGCCUCCCCCUUCAUCUCCUCGUCCCUCCUCUCUCCCGCGCCUCUCCCGAUGCCUCGCUCUUGUCGGAGGGGAGACAGCGACGCACAGCAGGCAGGAUGACAAACCAGUCGACAGCCAACCAGUCUAACACAAACAAGGUGAAGGAGAAAGAAGAAAACCAGCAAGAUGACAACACAGAAGUUGCUUAUAAAGAUGCCGGCCACUGCAGCCGCAACACCCACAGCUUGCUCCUGGGACUCACUGUUAUGGGUGUUGUUAUGGGAACGGUGUUUGGGAUGCUGCUGCGAUACAUGAAGGUGACGGACAGCUCUGCCCUUACUAUGGUUUCCUUCCCUGGAGAAAUUCUCAUGAGGAUGCUGAAGAUGCUCAUCCUGCCUCUAAUCAUCUCCAGCCUUAUCACAGGGCUGGCUGGGCUAGAUGCCAAAUCCAGUGGCAGGAUGGGUAGUAGAGCUAUGGUGUACUACAUGUCCACCACUGUGAUUGCUGCCAUCCUCGGGGUCAUCCUGGUUUUGUCGAUACACCCGGGGAACCCCAAACUGAGGGGAGGCUCGUCAGCCCCAUCACCCCCAAAGAACCAGGAGGUCAACAGUCUGGAUGCCUUCCUCGACCUGAUCAGAAACCUCUUCCCUGAGAACCUGGUCCAGGCCUGCAUCCAACAGGUUCAGACAGUGCUGAAAAAGGUGCCGGCUGUAGCAGUAAACCAAACCGAGGCUAUGAUAGUGAGCAAGAAGAAACUAGAAUACAAGUGGGGCAUGAACGUCCUUGGCUUGAUCGGCUUCUUCAUCACCUUCGGGAUCUGCAUGGGGAGGAUGGGCGAGCGGGGGAAGGUCAUGUGCGACUUCUUCAACAUCCUCAACGAGAUUAUCAUGACGAUGGUUUCCAUGAUCAUGUGGUACUCCCCGAUUGGCAUUGCUUCUCUGAUUGCGGGGAAGAUUGCAGCCAUCGGAGACCUGGAGGUGGUGGCCAGGCAGCUGGGUAUGUACAUGGUGACCGUCAUCGUGGGCCUGGUGAUCCAUGGCGGCUUAAUCCUACCUGCUAUAUUCUUUGGUACCACCAGAAAAAGCCCUUUCACCUUCUACGCUGGGAUCUUCCAGGCUUGGAUCACAGCUUUGGGCACUGCUAGCAGUGCAGGGACAUUACCUGUUACCUUCCGCUGCCUGGAGGAAAACCUAAAGAUUGACAAGCGCGUGACUCGCUUCGUGCUGCCCAUAGGUGCCACCAUUAAUAUGGACGGCACCGCGCUGUAUGAGGCCGUGGCAGCCAUCUUUAUUGCCCAGAUGAACGACAUCACGCUGGAUGGCGGGCAGAUCAUCACUGUCAGUAUGACUGCCACCCUGGCCAGUGUCGGAGCUGCCAGUAUUCCCAGUGCUGGACUGGUAACCAUGCUGCUGAUCCUGACGGCUGUGGGCCUGCCUACUCAGGACAUCAGUCUGCUCAUCGCCGUCGACUGGCUGCUUGACAGAAUGCGCACUUCCAUAAAUGUGGUGGGCGACUCAUUUGGCGCUGGCAUCGUGGACCACUUGUCGAAGGCUGAACUCGCCGAACUUGACGCCGCAGAAAUGCAACUUCUCCCGACGGAGGAGGAGCUCGAUUUCAUCCCCCCGCCCCCCAUCCUCACAGAGAUGGACCUUGUCGACCCUUUCAAACCUCCCGAGCUUCCACCUCGCUCCCCUCGCCCGCCCAAACAGAACCACCACGGCCACGUUCUCUCCCAGUCCGCCUCCAUCACUUACUCACCGUCCCGCUCUGUCCGAUCUCCAUCACCACGCUCUAUCCGCUCUCCCUCUCCGCGCUCCGUCUGCUCCCAUUCCCCUCGGCCUUUCCGUACUCAUUCCCCGCGCCUCCUCCGCAGGACGGAGCCGGGCUACUGCGCCCUGCCCAGCCACGAUAACCAGAUUCCCACGCUGCCUCGCGCCUACAGAGAGAGAGAGAGAGACAGGGAACGGGAGAGGCUGCGGCGAGAGAGCGAAACAGAGGAGGAGGAGGAGAGAGAGAGGGUUCUGGGUGAAGUGAGCGACGGCGAUGAGAGCGAUGACACUGCCUACGAUCGGAGGCACACACUCCCACCGGCCGACCUGCCGUGAUUGGAUUUUACCACCGAAAAGCUUCCCCAUCAAUUAGUUUCUGUUUUAGGACAGAUUUCCCAACAGCUCCACAAGAUUCACGUGGAGGCUCACGGUGGAUUUCUGGGUGGUUUCAUUGCCACUUGUUUGAUGUAUUCUGAGUUCACUGUCUCUUGGUUAACAGAAGUGUUGGAUAAGUGAUCUACAAGCUUACUUUGAGCUUGAUAUGCAUAGAUAUUAAACUGUUGCAAUGGCAACACCCUGUAACAUUCCUUAGAAGGGACUUUAAGACCAGGCCUCAGUCCUUCCUCUUUGUUUUCGGGAAAAGAAAAACAGCUGAAAUGGACAGUUCAGUUUAGAAUUAACAAUGCAUAUUUUUUCUCUUACCUGUAGUGCUGUUUAUCCAUCUAGAUUGUUUUGCUGUGGGUGGUCGUGUUUUGGAGAGAUCCACCGCAGAGAUGACCGCCUUCUUUCGAUUAUAAUGGAACCAGAUGGCACCAGAGUACAUUUGAAAAACUCAACAGUGAUGUCUCUUUUCAGAAACCAUGACCCAGUUACUCAGCACAAUCAACAGACCUUGUUGUGAACAGUUUCAUGUAAGAGCUACGUUUUCCUUAUAAAAAAAUUGUUGUGGCCCAGAUCUGGCACACGCCAGACACGUUCAUCCGACCCACAUACCACGUGGAAUGAUGGGACUUGGGAGGUCCACUCCUGUUUGCCAGAUCUGAGCCACCAGAAGGCCAUUAGUUGGCCACAUGUUAGCCAAGAGCAAACGGCAUGAACCACCCAAGUGCUAUCAUUCCACGUGAUUUCCUCGGCUGGAUGAAUGUGUGGGGUAAGUUAGCUAAAUGGGACCAAACUACAUCCACAAACGGUAUCAGACAGAAGCAUGGAUUUAUCUCUCAUCAGUGUACCACUCUUCUGUGAGAUGAUAUGUUUGGCGGAUGUAGUUCGGAAAGAAAAAUAAAAUAGUUCUUACAUCAAACUGCUUGCAACAAGGUUAUGACUUCUGGAAAGGUAAAUUGCUGUUUAGGUUUUCAAAUGUAUUUUAUCUGUGCUUUGAGAACCAGUUUGAGAGAAUGUUGAUAUCUCUAAAACUCGUCAACUCACGCCAAAACAAUCCAGGUGGAUAUAAAGCACCACAAGUGAGAGGACAAACGUGUCAUUUUGAUUUUAGCGUGAACUUUUCCUUUAACUUUAGAUUUGUAUCCCUAGUUUACUCAUGUAAUUUCCUUUUUAUAACUCCAUCAAUGUCUCUGAUUUGUCAUUUCAUGACUUAAAAUACGCCUGUAUGUCUAAACUUCCUUACUUUAGACUGAUCGGAGAGAAACAUCAAGUCUGCUCUUGACGCCGGAGUAUUGAAGUAUGUUGAUGUGGAGGCCACCUUUGCUUUUUAACGCACAGCCAUGAGUUAUUAGUUGAUCCUUUACCUCAACACUCUCACUUCUACUUGUAGAAUUUUCAAUUUAAAGGAGUUAGUUUCACAUCUUUAGGACUUGUUUAUUCUCUUUCUUGCAGAGAAAGCUCCAUUAUUAAUAUGUUAUAUCUGGUUUGUUUAAUCCAUACCAAAACCAAAGUGUUAAAAAGACAAAAUCGCCAUUUUAUAUAUAUAUUAUAUGCCGUUAGACUACUUCUUGGCUCGAAGGCUCCACUGGUUAUUUGCCAGCUGGUCUCAACAGAGAAACAGUUGAGCACAUAAAUGUCUGUAAAGCUGUAGCUUGUCGCUUCACAGUUUUUCUAUGCAUUGGUGCGAGCAGUUCUUGCCUGUUUCAAGUCUUUAAGCUAAGAAUUCAAGAAUACCAACAAGUUAAUGUAAAAAAAAAAACACAACCAGCAGACGUUAUUUUUAUAAUUCUCUACCUUCAUCUUUCGUCUUUACAUUUCCAUCCUCUGUGCUCUUCUUGCACAUCACCUCAUUUUUCCCCCACAGCGGUAACUCUUGAUGUUAAUAUUGUCUAUAUUAUCAAUGUUUUGUAUUUUCAUGUUGUGGUCUGGUGUCUGAAAUGAUGAGCAAUAGGUAAAAUUUUUUUUUUUUUGAUUUUGUUGUAUGUUUAAAUUUACUAGUUAUUUCACUUUUACUCUCAUCAUUUUGAGUUCUUGAUUGCUGUAAAAUAACGUCAUCGCCUUUCAUUUUAAAAUAUAAUUUCAUCAACUGCCUCCCUACGUCCUUAAGUCUUGACUCAGCUUCACAGGUCCAGGUCGUGUGUAUAUUGUAUGUAAUAAAAUCUUAGAGAUUUAUUUAAAAUA